AUGAUCUUGAGAGCUCAGUACUUUCUCACAGUAUGCCUAUUCUUUUCAGAGGCUGCCGUGUCAGCUAUCCUACCUCGCGACGGCGAUGAUUACGCCGGACAUCCGGAGGUGAACCAUGACCAAGUAGCAGCAUUCAAACAAGACUCUUCCCCCGGAAUAGACGGACGCCUCGAACUCAUGUUCAACCCUCUGCUCGUCGUUACAGGAGGUUGCGACCCGUAUCCUGCAGUCGAUGCCAACGGGGGUCUUGGAGGUGGUCUGAGACCGACUGGUGGUGGAAGGUCAGGCUGUGGUAAUGGCGGCACUGGCCAGGUCUAUGCUCGCCGCGGCAGUAGUCACGGCCGUGACGCUAUUAUUUACAGCUACUACUUCCCAAAGGUUCGAUGGGGAAAAGGCGACAACAAGGGACAUCGUCAUUACUGGGCCAGCGUCGUCGUUUGGAUCAACCAAUGGAGCUGUGAUCCCGAGAAGCCCUCAUCAUACCGACCAGUGGGGAUGUCAUACACAACCGACCACGCAACAUGGGGCUUCGAACCUAUUACCGGUGGCCUGACAUCCACAGCCUCUCCCGAGAGUUCUUCGCCGACGAGUUUCAUUGUCCAAAUCCACGACAACGCCAUGACACCGUUUAAAGACGCCGAUAUUGCCGCGGCUUCUCAGCGCACACUGAUCUCUUGGAUGUCACUACCCGUAAAGGCGCGUGAGGCUUUGACUGACGUCAAGUACGAAAAGACCACAGUGCCGUUCACCGACGCCAACAUCCAGGCCUCUUUGGACACUGCCUACCAAGAGAGCUUUUACACAGGGUUAAAGGACGUACAGGACUGCAACACCACUAUCCCAGAGAGUGAUGGAGCUGACUUAGAUCCUGACGAAAAUCCCGAGGAUAAAGCCCCAGAGGCAAUCCCUCUCCCCCCUGUAACAGUUUAG